AUGUCUGGUCUUGUCGCUACUCUCAAAAAGAUCUUCCAAAGGAAGAAGCCAAUCCCAUUGGCAUGUUCUAUGAGUCUUGAAAAUGACGAAGGGCAUGUACAUACUGGGGCGUGUUUUGUGGAUAUUCAACCACUUACGACUGUUGAACUAUUUCAAUCCCAGGGUUGCCAAUCUUGCCCUCCAGCAAUUCCAGCGAUCCAUGAAAGCAUUAAGAAUGAUCCUAAUCUUCUCCUCCUUACCUACAACGUAACCUACUUUGACCACAUGGGUUGGACUGACACCUUCGGCAAGCGUCAAUGGGAUCAACGCCAACGCGCCUACGUCCAGAAAUGGGGACGAAACAACAUCUUCACCCCGCAGGUCAUUGCAGACGGUAUCGCAGAUGGCACAGGCGCCGGACAGAAUGAAGUUAACAAUAUCGUAUCUGCCGCUCGCGGAGUUCGCAGCUCCAUGCCAUGGCGCAUCAUCGUUGACACCAAUGACACCGAGUUACGCAUCGACUCUGAUCUUCCCCACGCGGAUCCUCAUGAUAUCUUACUUAUCAUGUAUGAUCCCAAGCCAGAGACAGUGAAGAUCAAGAAAGCGGUCAAUAAGGGGAAGAAAAUCGAACAUCGGAAUGUUGUAACGGGCAUUUCGAAGAUUGGGGAGUGGGUUGGUGGGAAUCUCACGAUGCCGCUUCCUGAUGCUGCGAUGAGAGGUGGUCAUGGGAAUCUUGAGAUUGUUGCUGUUGUGCAAGCUGGGAAUGGCGGGCCGAUUCUAGCUUCUCAGAAGUUGUGA